AUGAGUAAAAGCUACAGAUGGAAAAAUCCCGAAAUAACUGUGCAUGAUGCAGGUGGGCUGAAAAACUUUUGGGAGAAAAAAAUUGAACAUCAUGCAAAGAAAGUGCAAAAUGAAGACUCUAGAAUAAGCAAGAGUGCCCUGGAUAAGCUCCGCUGUGAAUGGGCUCAGAGACUGGAAAGAAGAAUCAAGAUGCUACAGCAGCCUGAGGAAGUAUCCAAGAAGUCAUCUCUAAUCCCUAUUGAAUCUUUCCCCCUUAUUGAUAAAACAGUAGCCUAAAGUUAAAAAUAGAAUGACAAAAUAGGAAAAGCACUGUUUCAUGGGGAAUGAAAGCCCCUUUAGGAAAUUCCUGUGGAGCAGCAAAAAAAUGAAUCCCAAACCAAAUGUUGGGCAGGAAAUAAAAUGUUAAUUUGAGAUGUAUA